AGCGAAGCCACGCUGGAACAAUGGUUCUCUGAGCAUGCAACCCAAUGACAGUCCCAAAAUACCGCGGCUAACGAGUAUGUGAACCAGUAAGGGAGGGAGGAGAGGGUUAGGCAAGAGAAAAUACAUAGUUACAGACAGCGACUACCAGAGGGAGGUGAGCGUACGCUCGAAUUUACCAUAAAAAAAAAUACGGGUCGACGGUGUUCGGGCGGUGAGCAAAUGGAAUAACAAGCUAAAUCUCAAACAAUCCUGCGAUCGGUAGAGCUAGUACAUAUUAGUAAAUAAAUAAAUAAGAGCGACACAAGCGUCAUCCGCAGUGUGUAGCCUACAUCUCCUUGCACCACCUGAGUGUGCUCAAGACAACGACGGAUGCGGGUAGAGAAGAACGAGCGUGAAACAACACAAGCAGAGGAGCGGAAGAACGGAAGAGGGAUCUGUGGAUUGGUGUCUUACCAGACGUUUGGAAAAUCUCUGUUUUGUGUUCGGGACGCCUGGAAAGGGAGAGAGGUAGGGGUGACGGUGGUGUUGCAGCUGUCUUGAUUAUCUACACAUGUCGGCGCGAUUGAACCCGCCAUCCCCGCCCUGCGUGGAUGCUCCCUCGGUCUGAGCGGCAGCGGUGAGCUGAUUGCAGAAUAAAGGAAUUAAAGCGCAUAGGCCGACAUUGGAAAACUGAACCACGACAAUAAGGAUACGGGAUAAGUACUAAGGCGCAGAGUGGGUAAUAUGACAUUAAAUCAAUAACUCGUGCAAUUCUUUCUGUUUGGACCGGGCAUCUGAUCGGAUUUUUCAUAAUUCUUUGGACUUCUGACAUGGAACGUUAUUGAUUAAAGACAGACGGCAUGUUGAUUACAUCUACUUUCGAUUUUUAAUUCAACAACGAUUUGUAUAUCUAACGUGUAAAUAUUUAAAUAAAGACCAAAUUUAGGCCGAUGACUUACUGAUGACGCCAGUACGGCAGAACAUUCUCUAUAGUAGCGAUACAUGUGCACCCCCAUAUUUCUAUAAGUAGACUGCUAUAGAUUUCUGUCUGUCAUUGUCUUGGAUAUGUGCUUGUUUUUAAGGCAAAUCCCGUUUUUUCGGGUCUAUUAAAAAUAGGGGGACGCAUCAACCAGACAGUGAACAUUCCAUCCAAAUCUUGACCAGGUUAUCCUAUUUUUGUUUUCCACCUUAUAAUUUCACCCGUUUACUAAAAUUCCUUGGAAAGUCGUUUCCCCCCCCCGUCCUAGGCUAUUUUUUCCAGUAGCCAGUGCAAGGCUACGGAACGGUCCUCUUCAUUGCCUUGUCUCCCCUUACAAACCAAGCACCACCUUUGCAGCUAUGGAGACCCCUACUAAGCUACCUCCGUCAAGCCCGUCCUCGCCGACCACGGGAUUCUCGGUGCCCAGCGCGGAGAAGGUGGACGGCUUUCCCCGACGUUCGAUGCGAAGGGCUCGGCAGCGGAGGUCCCACAGCUCGUCGCAGUUCCGUUAUCAGAGCUCCCAGGUGGAGUUAACGCCUCUGCCGCUCCUCAAAGAUGCCCCAGUGGCUGAGCUGCACGACCUGUUCUGUAAGAAGCUGCAGCAGUGCUGUGUGCUCUUCGACUUCCUGGACUGCGUGGCCGACCUGAAGGGGAAGGAGAUCAAGCGCGCGGCCCUCAACGAGCUGGUGGAGAGCGUGGCCACGAGCCGUGGCGUCCUCAUCGAGCCCCUCUACCCCGAGGCCAUCAAGAUGAUCUCGGUGAACAUCUUCCGUACUCUCCCCCCCAGCGAGAACCCAGAGUUCGACCCAGAGGAGGACGAGCCCACGCUGGAGGCUUCCUGGCCACAUCUCCAGCUGGUGUAUGAGUUCUUUUUACGCUUCCUGGAGAGCCCUGAUUUCCAGCCAUCCAUGGCCAAACGAUAUGUGGACCAGAAAUUUGUUCUGCAGCUUCUGGAGUUGUUUGACAGUGAAGACCCCAGAGAAAGGGAAUACCUGAAGACCAUCCUGCAUCGGGUUUAUGGCAAGCUGCUCGGCCUUCGAGCAUACAUUCGCAAACAGAUCAACAACAUCUUCCUCAGGUUCAUUUAUGAAACUGAGCACUUCAAUGGGGUGGCUGAACUGCUGGAGAUCUUGGGCAGCAUCAUUAAUGGCUUUGCUCUGCCUCUGAAGUCGGAGCACAAACAGUUCCUGGUGAGGGUCCUGAUCCCCCUGCAUACUGCCAAGUCUCUCUCCAUCUUUCAUGCGCAGCUGGCCUACUGUGUUGUCCAAUUUAUGGAGAAGGACGCCACUGUUACGGAAUAUAUCAUCAGAGGGCUACUGAAGUACUGGCCCAAAACAUGCACCCAGAAAGAGGUGAUGUUCCUGGGUGAGAUCGAGGAGAUCCUGGAUGUCAUCGAGCCAUCUCAGUUCAUCCGUGUGCAGGAGCCGCUCUUCAAGCAGAUCGCCUCCUGCAUCUCCAGCCCCCACUUCCAGGUUGCAGAGCGGGCUCUGUAUUUCUGGAAUAACGAGUACAUCCUGAGUCUGAUCGAGGAGAACUGCCAGGUCAUUCUGCCUCUGGUCUUCGGGACACUCUACAGAGUCUCCAAAGAGCACUGGAACCAAACAAUUGUGUCUCUUAUCUACAAUGUCCUGAAGACGUUUAUGGAGAUGAAUAGUAAGCUCUUUGAUGACCUUACUGCCUCAUACAAGGUGGAGAAACAGAAGGAGCUCAAGAGGGAGAAGGAGCGGGCGGAGCUGUGGAGAGGCCUGGAGGAACAGCAGCAGCGCAGGCUGCAGAGUCUGGGCCAAGCCAGCCGCAACCAGAAGAACCUGAGCAAGAGUGAGCCAGAGAGUAGCACUGCCAAUGCCACCUAGAACACACGCACACACACACUAAAACUAAUAUCCUCUGUGGGAUAAUAUCCUAACAUCAUGGAAAGCAUAACAACACACUUUUUCUUUCACAAAUACUUUUGACUUCAGGACCAUUGCUUCCUAGCACACGCACUCUCAGAUACACAAACGCCUAAAACACAGACGCACACACAUUCAGCGUGGACAUUAAUGCCGCAGUGAUCUGAAAACAAAUGAGUUGUCCGUAUGUAGAUACGCUACACUAAUACCAACACUCACACAGGUGCACACACACACAAAUACACACAGACAUCAAAUAGGAGUGAAAUGUGAACAGUAUAUAAGAAUAAGAUAAGCUCUCACUGUUCACAUCCUGAACUCAUUUCCUCUCUCCACACAUUUCUUACUCAUUCUGUGUCUCUCCCACUGCUAUUUAGCUCUCAUUUCUUUCUUCCAGUUUCACUCUUCUUCCCAUCUAUACAAAAUGAUUUUCAUGUAUACACACACAGGUGUAC